AUGGAGUCCGAUCCAGGCGCGCAGGCUCGUGGCGCGCCACGAUCCGUCGCAAACGUCACCGCCUUGCGCGCCAUCUCGGUGUCCAUCACCACGAUCGACACCAACACAACCACCUUGGCGCAGCGCUUCCGGAGCGCGCAGGAGCUCGCCAAGGUGCUGGCGGACAUCGACGAGGGCGAUGUCGGCGCGCGCAGGGUGUGCUCGGGCCACGACGCCCCGCUCCUUCUCGUCGCGCUGAUGAACGAGGCGGGCGAGUCCAAUGCGCAGCGCCGCGUCCCCCUCCUCACGUGUCUCGCCAGCCUCGUGCGGUUCAUCGGGCCCGAGGAGCUCAAGGACCAGCGGCUGUGGAUGCUGCUGCAGCGCAUGCUAUUCCAGUCGGACGCCACCUCAGUCCACCACGCGCUCGCCGCCAUCGCCGCCAUCACCCGCCAGGAGGAGUGCCUCGCGUUCGUCUGCGGCACGCCGAUGGCCAAGCGGCUGCAGCAGGCCCUUGGCUCGCUCGCUGCGGCCGAGCACUCGGCGACCGCGGCGCUCGCGCAGCAAGUGCUGCCCAUCGGCGAGGCGGGUGACACCGAAAGCGGCGGUGGGCCUGAGCAACGCUCGAUAGGUGAGGAGGCUGGCGCCGGGUCGGCCGCCGAGCUGCAGCGGGCCGCGGCGAUAGAGGAGCUCAAGCGCUGGCGAGGGAGCAUGCGCGGCAGGCUCGGCACCUUCAAGGGCCGCUCUCGAAGCCGCUCGGGCGACACCAUCCUCGACCCGGACCAGGGGAGUGCCGCCCUCACGCCAGACACGAUCGAGCGUUCCCCCCUCGGCGGUGAUCGGGGCGAUGCCGCCCUCCCCAAGCCGGCCCUGCGGGUCGCCACGCGCCCGUCGUGCGAGGACAUUGCGCUGCCGCCCGAUGGUGGAUUGCCCGACGCGGCGGCGUUGGAUGGGGCGGGAGAGGAGGCGCCGGGGGACCCGGCGGAGGGGGGCGGGCCCACCGACUCGGACUUUGAGCUCGACGAGCCGUCGCCCGUCGGGAUGAGGGCGGCCCGGGCAUCCCCAGACGGCACCAGCCGCCUCAGCCCGUCCGGGCCAUCGCAGCCCAGCCCGCUCAACCGGCGGCCGUCGCUGGGAAACACAGUCCCUCCGGCCGAGUCGGCAGAGGCGAUCGCAAACACGUUGGCGCUACUGGAGCAGGCCGGGCCGGCCGGCGACUGCGCUGGUCUCUCGGCCGCCGACCGGCGCCGCGCCCGAAGGAAUCGGUUCGAGGUGGCGGGGUGA